AUGACAAUGGUGAUGUUGAAGCCGAGAGGGGCAGUCGGGUAGCUGCGCUUGUUCGGCUGUGAAUGUAAUAUGACGCACGCUCUCUCUGUUCGCCGUCUGUUGGUGUUGGUUAUUGUCCUUUAGUGACUGUUUACGACAAAUACGACAAAACACACGCUGAGGAGUAGGAAAUUAAAAAUGGCCGAAAUGAAGUUACAAUUUUUUAUGAUUUUCUACUCGCGAAAAAAGUCAACACUACAAUAGCACACAUGCCGGUUGACGAAAGUGUAAGCAAGCCAAGCAGCAAAAACAGUAAUAAAAUAAACAUGAAAAACACACAAUAAAACGUAUUAAAACAAGUAAGGUAGACUUGAGUUCGGGUGCAGCCGCAAUUUGGAAGUAAUCAAAGGGAGAAAACUUUAGAAGACUUUAUAACUGCUUGAUCUCCCUUAACCUUGCUAGAUCUCAAGCUUGAUGUCCCCUAAACCUUAGACUGAACUCCAGUUUGACCUCACAUGAUCUCUAAUUUGAAUUCACUUGGUCGUUGGCUUGACCUCCCUUGACCUUCAGUUAGUACUCGUCUGACCUCUAGCUUGACUUCGCACAAUUUUUAGUAUGAGCUUCCGUGACCAUCAGUUCUCCGUUCUCUUGAGACCUUGUUUGACUUCGCUUAGGGGCGAAUGAAUAGUAUACAGACAUCCGAAAUUGAAUUCGACUCGUCGUCCUGAUCCUUUUGAUAACCAUAUCUAUAUCUAUAAGUUUUCGUUGUUACAAAUAACCGUGAGCUAAACAACUCAGGGUUUACACUCAGGGCAAUAUGUUCCGAGAGCAUAAAUUGCCAAAUAAAAUAAAGAAAUAAAUUGCGAAAAUAAAUAGAAGAAACUAAUUUGGCUUUGAAGGACAGUGCUGCAUGUUGACCAUGUCUGAAAGAGUGUGUGUGAGAGAGAAAAGCCAAUGUUUGGUACUUAGUGCCGGGGCAGGCUUUAUGAGAAAAAAGCUGUGGACAAUAUCCAAUUAAGAAACAUAACAAAGAGAGUGGGCAUUCAUUUAAGUUACCAUUUUAAUUUGCACAGCUAAAUAUGUUCUAUGUGAAUGUAGUAAACUAAAGCAAAUAACGGUAUAUUCUUUAAUUGUUUAAACUUCAUAAUUCGUCUGAAAUUAAAGAAAAUGAAAUUUUAAGUCUGCACUAAAGAAUAUCUAUUACAAUUUUUCGUUUCCGAUCGGUCAGCCUGGAGACUUUACCUCAGUACUUGCAAGGUGUUUGCAUCACUUUCACCUCCAAAGGUUAUGUCACCGACCUUCAAAGUAAUUCUGAGAUUUAAAAACCUCUGUCAAAACCAUUCACUCGUACAAUACUGUCUAAAUUCUUGGAACCUUUAAAUUGUAAAUCUUCAAUUACUUCUUCGCUGUUUCUAAGACAGCUUGCACUUUCUUUGCCAAGAGCCAGAAGAUAAACACACAACCAAACGCGUGUUAGUCAGCUGAAUAAUUCUCUUUGGAUUAAUCGUACAUUGACUCUUCACCAACACUACAAGCCCACAACAAUAAAGACGCGCAAUGUGUGAAACAGGUUGUGAUCUCAGCGGCCGCUUAGCCUUCGGCCAAAUACGAACGAAUAAAUAUGCAAUUAUCGGUGGCACAGCUUCCGUGCCGCGGCAACGCGUAUGACCCGCUUUUACUUUUAUUUUUCGUCUACGUUCGAAAGCAGUCGCCGAAGGUGGGCGUUCUCUUAAAAGUCAUCAACUUGCCGGUGCGAAGAAUGAAAGAGAAAGCAAGUGGGUGUGCAAAAGAUACAAAGAAGCUACGUAGUGAAUGCGCGCAAACGGGAGAAAUUCACAUAAGUGCCGGGAGGCAUUAAUAACAGCUGAUCGUGAGGCUGAGCUUAGUGUUGCCACAUAACGGGUUUUGUAUUUUCAAAAUCGUUUAUCUGGCUGUUUUUUUAUUCCGAAGCUCAUUCCGAAGUCUACUUAGGCAACGCAACUACAAAUAACUUCUUAAAUCCUCCCAAAAUAUCUGCUCCUGUAUGAUUUUGUAAUAAUUUUAACGGUAUUUGAACGAGUGGAAUGAUACAAUUGACUUUUUUCUGCAGAAAAUAGAACCGGGAUGUUAAAGAAACAGCGAAAGUUAUAUAAAUUUUUAUCUUCCGGUGCACUACUUGAAAAUUCCAGCAAUUUGGGUAUUUUUUUCUCAGAUCUGGCAACUCUUUUUGUACACAACUGCUAAUGAGCACAAUGACUGGCGGGUUGUGUUAGAAAUUUAGAGAAAUUAUGAAAAAAGAGCGCAUUUGAUUCGUAUUGAUAACCAUUUAAAGCUCAUACGCAUGCGCAGUAGCUGAAGAGCAAUCGUACUUGUUAGAUCGUUUCCUUUAGUGUGUUGAAAUUGAAAUACCAUUCUUUGAAAUUAGUUGAAAGUUUUGUUUUAAAUUCCAAAAUGUUGUUUAAAUUUCGUUUGAGUUUCGGCAUAAUAAAUUUUGUGAAUAUAAUCGUUGUGGCGAUCGGUUUAUUUGAACAGUGCAACCAUACUGUGGACUUAAAGGCCGGCCAUAAAAUAUACAUAAACUCACCUUUCUAUCCAAAUCCAUAUCCGGCGGGCACUUCCUGUCGUUAUACGCUAAGAGCGCCAAUGGAUUAUCAGUUGAACUUCAAGUGCGAUAUCGACAUAAAUGUGACAUACGCCGCGUCCGCCGCCCAGUUGAGUGAGCGCUGUUAUGAUGAGAUUUUCUACUUCAACCGUGAAGGAAGCGAACUUUUAUCCGGUUCGGAGUAUUUUUGUGGCCGCGGCAGCAUGGCGAGGAGAAGCUUUCUCAACCGUGCUGUGAUUUCAUAUAUUUCCACGCGUUCUCCGCGCGGGCAAGGUGGUUACGAUGUGAAAGGUGUCACAAAUGUGGGAGUACAGAGCGCUGCUAAGCCAGCAACAGCAACAACAGGAGUUGGUGUUUUAAAUAGCACAACAACAACUUUGAAUUUGAUCAAUUCAUCGAAUGUACAAAAAAAUCACAGCAAAAAGAAGCAGAAAAACAAAAACAAAAAACCAAAUGGCACUAAUGUCAUUGGGAAUCAUCAUUUAACCACAACUCCACGCCCAUCAGCGUCGACUGAGAUUAACAACGCAUUCGCCUAUUUGGCGACCCUGCUCUCCAACAGCAUAGAGACGAGCGUUUUCAUAGCGCCAACCACCCAAAAGACGCAUAAAAAUAAGAAACGCAAGAAUCAACGCCGCAAGGGAACCAAGCCAACGCAGCGAGUGCCAACAACAGCAGCCGACACAGACACAGAUCUUUUGUCCUUCUCUCCGCAUCCACUGCACACACUCAACGGUCGGAACGGCUCUAAUCCCUUGCUGGACGCCACUUCAACGGAGAAAAUAUCAGAAGACUUCUUGAAUGAGUAUCAGUUGGCGACACCGGCAUCCGAGUCUUUGUCUCAACCUGAUUACCGCAUUCUAUCAAACCAGCCAAAUUAUAAUGGUUAUCCGGGUGGUGUGGGGAAGGGUCGUUUUUCAUGCCUUGUCGAGGCGGUUGAGUCACAAUGCGACUGCGGUUGGAGCACACAUUCGCUGAAGGUCGUCGGCGCAUCGGGUGUGGCGGGCCUCAACGAGUACUCCUCCAUGGCCGGUGUAUUAACGGUGAAUUAUGGCAAGAUCUUUUGUGGUGCGGUCAUAAUUCAUCAUCGGUUUUUGUUGUCCGCUGCCCAUUGCUUCUUAUCUGCUGCGACAAAUCGAUCGGAGCUGAUACAGGUGGUUGUCGGCGAACACGAUCUCUCAACUGUGCUCGAAUCGGUCUACACUCGUUACUACAAAAUCGACACGAUCCUACGGCAUGAACACUUCCGCGCCACAGCCAAUCAGGUGCGCAAUGAUAUUGCACUGCUGCGCACCAGCCAAACGAUCGAGUGGAACCGCGGUGUCGCGCCUGCGUGUCUGCCCUUUCGCUCCAUCACCGGCACAGAUGGUGGUCGGAAGCCACCGAUAGCGGGGCAACGUGUGGAGACUGCAGGUUGGGGCAGCAUUUCAUUUGGCGGUCCGCAAUCCUCGCUGCUGCUCACAGCACGUCUGGAUGUCAUUAGUGCCGAGGAUUGUCGCAGAUCAUUGGGGGCUCUUCCGCCGGCCACUUUCUGCACCUACACACCGGGAAGGGAUACUUGUCAGUAUGACUCAGGUGGUGGACUGUAUCUGCGGGAAGGUGGACGCCUCUUUGUGGUGGGCAUUGUGAGUUAUGGUUACGGUUGCGCAGCGCGACAGCCAUCGGUGAACACAAAAGUGGCCUCUUAUAUACGUUGGAUCAAGGAUAAUACCGCGCCGUUGACAUAUUGCAUCAAAUAGGUGGCAAUCUCGGAAACUAUAGGUUCAUAUAUUAUAUUUAUUAAUCGAAAUGAUCUAUUAUGCCAUGAUUAAUUGAAAAUAAAGUUAUUUAUAUA